UUGGCCUUCUUUCUCAGCCCGAAAGGAAGCGACAAAUCCGUUGAAGCCCAAGUCAGUCCACUUCUUGUCUUCAUCUUUGAUUUGUUCGUUAACUGGCGAAAAAGAAAGGUCAAACUCUCGGCCGUGUGCAGAGAAGAUGCGUUGGCAGCACAUACCUUGCUCCUCUUCUUCCGAUUCGGGAGUCAUCGGGACGCCCUUAAAGUAAACCACUUGGAAUGCGGUCAGAGACGGAGGGGUGAAGUGCGCGCGCGCGCGGGGAUGACGGCGAAUCUCGUACGCGUUUUGGGUGCUAUGUGAUCCCUCGCCCAGGCGUCGUCGUCGAGAAUGCUGAAGAGCACGUUCGACCUGUUCACCCACGUAAAGGUGCCGUCCUGAAAGACAAGGGAGAUAAGAACAGGGGUCGCUUCGUGGAAGAGGGGGGAGGGUGACGCACCAGACUCAUUUUGUGUUGCAAAAAAAAAUGUACAGGGGACCGAUGACAGGCGCUCUGUUCAUUUGAGUUUUGUUCUUUCAUGAGAAGCGUGUAGGGGAUCGGCAAUUUUGCCUCGGUCGGGAGUUUGAACCUGUCCUCUGAUUGCCAGCAUGAACGUGCUAAAAAAAAUACAGAGCAAACACAACCAAAAUGCCGCUGCUUCGAGUUUAUGGUCCGCAGAGAGGAAGCCGUACACGGGCGAUGACCCGGUCCAGUUCUGGAGGCAACAGAAUGCCGACGCGAGCGGAAGUCAGGUAGAUGAGACGAUAAAUUUGAGCGAGGUCGACCAGGCCGGCUCGAUUAUGUCAACGGUGGGAGAGUCCAGCGGGGGUUCUUAUCUUGCAGAGGCGCCUUCUAGAUACCAGAGCAGCGAAUGGCCGUCCGCGUCUUCGUCCUUUGCUUCUCAGUACGGUGCGAAGAGCGAGUCUUCGUGGAGGGGUCUUUCCAGAGAAGAUAGUCCGUCGAGGGCGCAAUACGAAGGGGACAGCAAGGAGCGAGAGGUUUCCGAUUAUGCGUCUGAUCCAGAGGAGGUCGAAUCGGAGCUCGAGUCGUCGACCGAAAUAUUCAAGUCUCCGCCGACUGCAGAUGAGGACAAGCCAGCUGCUGACCGGGGUCGAACGGGAACGGGCCCGUUGCCUUCACCUAAAUCAUUUUUCGACAUGGCGGGGUCGCCCUCCAGAUCCGCUCAAUCGAGCGCUGGAGAGGGCGAGGAAAGUCAGGACUUGAGCGACUCGCUCAAGAGUCAAGUGAUGAGCUAUAGCACGAGCGUUCCUUCAAGGCUGGACGAGACGUUAGAAGAGAGCAUGUCUAUAUGGCCGCAGCGAAAAGAAGGCGAUGGAGUAAGGGAGGACGAGGAGAGCCUUCCGAGCAAUUCGAUUGCACGUCAAGAAUGGGAAGAAUCGCAAGAAGAAAGUCGUGCAAAAUUAUCGUUCGCGAAUUCACCCCAAGAUGCAGACCACCCAUAUCAUGCACCGCUUUCGCCACCUUACGACAAAAGGACGGACAUCAUGGAAGAAGAUGAUGCAGCGCAGCGGGAAAGUUACUCUCCCGCGAAAUUCAGGUACACCCGACCGCCUUUGAGUCCCGUGAAUCGCAAUUUGGCACCGCCCUCCAGACCGAGCAGCAGACGGUCCGACUUUGAAUCUCUGAAAUCGGAAUUUUUCGGCCCCUCUUCUUCCAACCGAGACACCGCGGCCUACGUAUACGAACAGCUCAAAACCCCUCGCGACCGAUGGGGGCGGCCCAAGCGAAACCGCCUCCCUCCCCUCGAAUUUUGGCGGAACGAACGCGUCGUGUACGGGCACCGAAAGGGCGAGUUGAUACCGUCACUGAUCGGUGUAAUUCGAAACACCUCGAUCCCCACGCCUCUUCGCCCCUCCAGGCGGCGGAGGCUACCCACUCCGCCUAUCGAGGCCGCGAUGGGGGACCACGGAGACACUCAAUACGGGACCAUAUCCGCCGCGCCAGGUGAAGGCGGCAGAGAAGAAAAAAGAGUCGUUGCCAUCAAAACGCCGACCUGGAAGACGAUCUCCAUAGGGAACCCAAAGGCCCUGAUAGCAGACUCUUUCGGUGGUGUGACUGGAUGGAUCAAGCUCCUGUCGGGGUCGAGACAAGAGUUCGGCGCUGAUCCGAGACAAUCCAAAGUCUUCUUCGUUCAAAAGGGCCAGCUCUCUGUGCAAAUAGACAAAAAAGUUAUUCACGUUUCUUCAGGCGGUACCGUUCUGGUUCCUCCAAAUUAUUCGUUCACCCUGACAAACAUAUCAAAAGGGUACGUGCCCUGCAUUCUGGCGUUCAUCGCGUAUCCGGGAGACAUGCUCCCGUCCGACGAAGUUCUGCUGUGA